GCAAGCUAGAUCACCAUUCCGAUCCACUCCGCCUUCGGUUGGAGGCUCCGUUGUUCCACAUCAACACCCUUCCGUUUGAGAGAGAGUCCCUAGCAUUGCGUUGCGUUGCGUUGCGUUGGCACCUUCCCUCCCCGGUCAGUCGCGCGCGAGGAUGACGCCGGCGAGCGUGGUCGCCAUGCCCAGGAGCGUCCCGUUGGCGCUGGCGCCGUUCCCGGCGGCGCCCGCGAGGGCCGGGGAGCGGAGGAGCGCCCGAUCCUUCAGGCCCGCGGCGUGCGGCGCCGGGGACGACCAGCAGCAGCAGCAGCCGCCGUCCAUGGCCGCGGUGCCGGCGUCGCUGCGCGCCAUCCAGGCCAGGCGGAAGCAGGCGGCGGCGCAGCGAGGGGUGCCGCGGGCGACGGCCACGAGCGCGGCCGGGUGCGCCGUGGCGGCCCUUGUCAAGGCCGUGGAGGCCGUCCAGGGCGCGGCGGCCGGGGGCGCCGCCGAGGCCGCGCGCGGCGCCGGGGGCGCCGUGGCGUGGGUCUUCAGCAAGGUUCACCUCCAGUCGCCGGACCUCGCCGUCGGGCUGCUCGGGAUGGUCGCCUGCUGCCUCGGCACAAUCGUGGAGGCCGAGAGGGGCCGCAUGGAGGCGAAGAAGCCCGAGGCGGCGGCGGCGGCGGCGGCGGCGGGCAACGCAGCAGAUCAGGCUGACCACCACCCCGACGGCAACGGGGACGCGGCGGAGGAACCACCCGAGGACGACAUGCCGGAGCUGGUGGAGGCGGACAUGGAGAAGGAGCUGUGGAGCCAGAUCGGCAUCUUGCAUGGCGGCGGCCUGUUCGGGGACAGCUACGGCUACGGCUACGGCCAGGAGGAACUCGACGAGGAAGAGAUCAAGGAGAUCGACAGCGCCCGCGCGCGGCGCCGGAAGGCGGCGUACGAGAGGGUCAUCGCCUCAGGCGGCGGCGCCAACUCGCUCAUCCUGUCAAACUACGCGCAACUCCUCUACGAGUUCGACAAGGACAUCAACAGGGCGGAGAUGUACUUCAAGCAGGCGGUGGCCGCCGAACCACCGGACGGCGAAGCGAUGCGGAGGUACGGCAUGUUCCUCUGGCACGCCCGCGGCGACAUGGGCGGCGCGGAGGACAUGUUCACGGGCGCCAUCGACGAGGAGCCCGAGAGCAGCCACCACCGCAGCAGCUACGCGUGGUUCCUCUGGAUGACCGGCGGCGUCGAGACCUGCCUCAUCGACAGCGGCAAGCAGAACAACGGCAACGACGUCGAAUGAACCGCAGCGCUUGGAUCGGAAAAAUACAAUGCAUCCAAACAAGACAAGAAGAAAAGACCUUACCACCGGCAAGUGCCCGGCGGCGGGCCGGCCAUUUAGAUGGUGCGUGCGUCUAGGUAUCACCGGUGCCGCAUGGCCGGCAAUGGCUAUACAGCUGAGCAGCAUCGGCCCUUGCAGGGGCCAGUUUUCCAGUAUACUAUAGUAGAUGGAUGCGCAUCAAGGAGCCAACUCACCAGGAGGCAAACAAUAAUGUUGGCAAAGCUAGCGCAUGUUAGAGCGUGUGAUGCUAUAGUACUAGUAGUAUGUAGAAUAAAUCAUCCAUGCAUCUUUCCAUUCCAUGCCAUGGAUCCAUCAUGAGAUAGUAAAAUGUUGCUAUAACUGCAUUGUGAGUGAACAAUAAUAAUAUGUGUGUGGGGAAACCAUAGUGCUUCCUUUUAUGUAUAUAUGUAUAUAUAUAUAUGGGAUGUUUAUUUAAGUUUCCAAGUGUAA